CUCUCAUGGUCACCUGGGCUCAGCAUGUCGCGCCGUGGAUGGCUGCCUCCGGAAGGAGACGUCCAGUCCUCUUCGUCAUUCUAGUGGGGAUUGUUGUCAUAUUUCUCCUUCUUACCCCACCGAAGACCGAGGCCGUUCUUCCGACGCCUGCCCCCAUUUCAGCCGAAGCAGCCUCGACUAUCGUUCAGUCUGAACCAGAUCGGGUCGUACUUCCCGCUGACGACGCCACGCCUUCCGGCCCCGUUCUCAAACUUCCUGGGCCUCCUACAUAUGCCUCGCUUCGGAAAUGGGAGGACAACCUUCCUCAGCAUGACUUGGACUUGCCGUAUCCCGAAGGCAAAAGUGGUCGCUACGUCAAGUUCUCGAAUGAGAUGAAGUUGGUGGGCUGGAAUAAUUGUCUAAACGAGAGGUUGAUGAACGCCCAUCUGGCCUAUAUUUCCGGGCGCGCAUAUGUCUUUUCGGACUACAUGUGGGCCUGGGAACACUACGCUUGGCCCCAUGAGCAGCAUCCCCCGGGCGGCCCUCGUACACCGCUCAACGCCAUCGUCUCUGGUCCCAUGGCCGGCGGACCCUGGGCAUCUGAUGAUCCCGCACCGCGCUCGAUCUCAGCCAAGUGGUUCGAUGUCGUCUGUCCCCUUUCUGAGCGACGACUGCUCAACACGACGGAGGUCAAACCCUUCGUCCUGUCCAAACCUGGGAUCGAGGUGCUUGACAGAUGGGCACAGGUGUUGCGGGAUGCGCCCGAGCGGUGCAUAGAGGUCAUCGCACCUCCUGAAGACGUGGAUGACAAGCCCCAGGUGUUCGAUUUAUGGCUUUGGGGCAACUCCCGAGUCCUUUCGUUGUGGGAUCCAUUUUCGAAAUCGCCAACCUCUCGUCUUUUGGGCCCAUCGCCGCUAGUGCAAAGUGCGAUCGACCGCAACUUGUACUUGUUUCUGCCCCAUGGCCCCCAGCACGGGCAUCCUCACUACCCGUCUCCUUCAUACGGCCCCCGAGAUCCAUUCGAUCGCAUGCUCGCGGUGCACAUUCGUCGUGGGGACUAUGUCAAUCACUGCGAGAAUCUCGCGAAUUGGGGAAGCACCUACUACAGCUGGGCUCUGCUCCCAUCCCUUGUCGACCACUUCAUCCCACCGCCCGCGGGUGAUCCUAAUCGAGUCGACAAGGUUCUGAAACACUGCCUUCCGAGUCUGGAACAGUUUCUGCAGCGGAUCCACGACGUGCGCGAGGAAUACCUAGCUUCACCCAAAAAGCUGCGCGGCGAGAGCCGCGUGCUGGACGUCCUCUACCUGCUCACAAAUGAGCACGGGCCGUGGAUAGAAGAACUCGAAGCUGCGGUCAAGAACGUUGGCUGGAACACUGUGGUCAGCACGCGCGAUUUGACGCUGGAUGUGGAGCAGGAGGAUGUCAGCAUGGCGAUAGACAUGCAGAUUGCCCGACGGGCAGCCGUCUUCCUGGGGAAUGGAUGGUCGUCCUUUACAAGCAAUAUCAUCCACCAGAGACUUGUGGAUAACCGCGAACCACUGAGCACUCGGCUCACUUGAGACUGGACUGUCCAGGUCCCAGUACGGGCAUUCGCAGGCCUCUUGGUGGCACCGUGGCACGAUCUUCAAUGACGCGGCUACAUCACUGGUCCAGGACCCAUACCUCGUUAUCGGCUCCUGUUUCCUUGAGAUUAUGCACAGCUAGUAUCGUAUAUAUGAUACCACAGUCGUAUACAGCAUGCAAAAUAACACUUUCGAAGAGUGGGCUCCA